CAAGUGAACUAUGAAAUUCCAUAUCAGUGUGCUGCUGUUUUCCCUGGUCUUGCAGGCCAGUGCCCAGAUCUGGCUCUCUAAGGUUGCAGAAUUCCUAAAGGAGACAGAUAAAAGUCUUACGGAGAAGCACAAAGUAUACAAGAACAUGUGUGCAGAGAAUGAUAUAAAUUGUGAUAAAUACCAGUAUUUCCAUGGUUCUGGGGAAUCUGCUACACAGAGCAAGCAUGGUGAGGCCUGGGCUCUAAAACCUAACAGUGAUUUCUGGAAGAACUGGCAAAUGGGUUGUGGCAGUGGUGACAUUGAUGUUGGUGGCAGUAGCGACACUGGUGAUGAUGGCAGUGGAGCAGAAGACACACUUGCAGUCAAAAAAGAAAGAGACCGCAACUGGUCCAAAUGAGCACACUUUCCCUGGGACUAUUAAAGCUGCCUGUAAACCACUGCAGUUUUUUUUUCUAUUUUUCCUACCUGCUUUGCAAAACUGAAUAAAGAAAAGCUGAAUGUG